AAAAAAAAGAGAUCUAUCAUUUAAUUCUUCCAAAUAAUAAUAAACCAAAUGUAGAGAGAAAAAGUUGUCUUCUUCAAUCUUGGGGCUGAGUGAUCUGCUCGAUUAUUUUUUCCAAGCGUCGAUCUUUAAGUUUUUUCCGGGAAAAUCAAAGUCGGAGGAGGAAAGGAGGUAUUAAACCGGAGAUGUUGGAGAAGAUCGGUUUACCGGCGAAACCUUCUCUGAGGGGAAAUAGUUGGGUCGUAGAUGCUUCUCAUUGUCAAGGAUGUUCUUCUCAGUUUACUUUCAUCAAUCGCAAGCAUCAUUGCCGGAGAUGUGGAGGAUUGUUCUGCGGUAGCUGCACACAGCAAAGAAUGUCCCUACGUGGACAAGGUGACUCACCUGUGCGUAUUUGUGAUCCAUGUAAGAAACUCGAAGAAGCUGCGCGGUUUGAGCUGCGUCACGGUCACAAAACUAGAGCUGCAAAAGCAGGUAGCUCUAAAAAGACCGUAAAAAAUGAGGAUGAUGUUCUUAGUGAGAUCCUUGGCUCUGAUGUUGAUGUGUCUUCUUCAUCGGAAUCAGUGUCUAGUACAGACAGGAUUACCUCUAAAGAAAUGGGAAGCAGCAGUGGUAACAAAGAGAUGGAGUUGGAUGCUGUGUCAGCUAGUCCUGAAGAAUUGCGUAAACAAGCAGUGGAAGAGAAGAAUAAGUACAGAGUUCUUAAAGGAGAAGGGAAAUCUGAUGAAGCCCUAAAAGCCUUUAAGAGAGGGAAGGAGCUUGAGAGACAGGCCGAAGCACUAGAGUUAUCGUUAAGAAAGAACCGUAAAAGGGUACUCUCCAUGCGAAAUGGUGCUGAGACGCAGAACAAGGCUGCUACGAAAGAAUCUAGCAAAGCACAAAAGCCUCCACGUCAAAGGGGUAAAGGAAACGAUGAUUUGGCAGCUGAGCUGAGGGAUCUCGGGUGGUCUGACGAUGAAGAGAUAAAACCAGCAACUGUUAGUUUAGAAGGCGAGUUUUCGUCUCUUCUCCGUGAAAUUCCCGUGAGGACUAACCCACAGAAGAGUGUUGGAAUUAACAAGAGUCAGGUUAUUGCCCUUAAGAGAAAAGCCCUUGCGCUGAAACGUGAAGGGAAACUUGCAGAAGCUAAAGAGGAACUCAAAAAGGCUAAAGUUUUGGAAAGGGAGAUUGAAGAGCAGGAGCUAUUGGGUGGAGCUGAUGAAUCAGAUGAUGAGCUAUCUGCGCUUAUUAACAGUAUGGAUGAUGACAAAGAAGAUGAUCUAUUAGCUCAAUAUGAGGGGAGCCAUGAUUUUGACCUUGGUAACCUUGUGGGAACUGUGGAUGAUAUUGGAGUUCAUGGUGAAUAUGAUGUCACAGAUGAAGAUAUGGAGGACCCAGCAAUUGCUGCUGCGUUGAAAUCUUUGGGCUGGACCGAGGAUCCUGGACACCGUGAGAAUGUUCACCCUCAGUCUUCUCCUAAUAGCAGAGAAGAACGUUUAGCUGAAAUUCAGACGUUGAAAAGAGAAGCUCUUACUCUAAAACGAGCUGGAAAUGCUGCAGAAGCCAUGGCUACACUGAAGAAAGCAAAAUUACUUGAGAGGGAACUAGAAGAAACGUCCUCACAAACUGUUGAUACCACCAGGGUAGAGAUAGGCACGAGCCUGAAACAUCCUCCCAGAAGCAGGCUAGCGAUUCAAAGAGAACUUCUUGCAGUGAAAAAGAAAGCGCUUACUUUAAAAAGGGAAGGAAAGUUUAACGAAGCAGAAGAAGAAUUGAAGAAAGGAGCGGCUCUCCAAGAUCAGCUUGAAGAGCUGGACAAUUCCUCAAAGUUAGCUGCAGCAGGAAAGGCUAUUCGUGAAAAAAGAGAUCUUGGAAAUGAUCUGCCUGAUAUAUCUACAAAUACUCUGGAUGAUGAUGGAGAGGUAGAUGUAAAAGAUGAGGAGUUAAAUGAUCCGAAUUACCUCUCGAUGCUAAAGAGCUUAGGCUGGAAUGAUGAAGAUAAUAAUCCUCCAGGUUCUUCACCAGCAAAACCUGACCCAGUUAGUUCGAAACCAGGGAAAAAAACAGAAACUCAAGAUGCAUAUGAAAUCCAUGGCACAAAACCAAGAAGAAGUAAAGCUGAAAUACAACGAGAACUCUUAGGGCUGAAAAGAAAGGCUCUAACUCUGAGACGACAGGGUAAUGUUGAUGAAGCAGAGGAAGUUCAAAACCAGACAAAAAUAUUGGAAGCCCAGAUGAUGGAGAUUGAUUCAGGCAAGAAUGUUUAUGCUGACGGUGAUCAGCUGAAGAAAACAUCCACUGGUAAUGGGAUCAAUGUAGCAGAUGAUAGCGUUACGGAAAAUGAUAUGAAGGACCCAGCAUUAUUGUCGACUCUUAAGAAUUUGGGAUGGGAGGAAGAAGAAACCAAGAAAGAAGAAGCUGCCCUUAGCUCUAAGCAGUCUCUCGGUCCACGAACAGCAGCCAAAACGAAGGGACAAAUCCAAAGAGAACUUCUUGACUUGAAAAGGAAAGCACUUGCCUUCAAGCGUCAAGGGAAAACUGGAGAGGCUGAUGAGUUAUACAGUAAGGCCAAAGUUUUGGAAGCACAACUAGCAGAUUUAGAAACCCCCAAGGAUGAGCCUAUGAGUGAAGCUUUUAUCGGUGAGCCGUUGAACAUGAAAGGCUCAGCUUCGGCGAUCGACCCUACAAACUACAUGGACGUUGAUUUGUUAGCACGAUCUCAAAUGGAGGACAAAUCAGUCAAAUCUGCUAGUGUUUCGCAUGCUGCUCAAGAUAGUUAUGACUUGUUAGGAGACUUUAUCUCCCCUGCUAAAUCUGAUUCCUUUAGCUCAUAUGGGAUUAAUGAACGUAGAGUUGUUUCUCAAUCGGACCAACAGCAACCAAGUAUGAUGGAUUUACUGACCGGUGAGCAUUGUGAGAGGUCUCAAGUUUCGACAGAACAGGGAAAAGUUGAGACCAAGCCAGAGUUUGGUUUGGGAAACAGUCACUUCACUGAACAAACAGUAGCACGUAAAGAGCCAGAGCCGCUCACUAAUUUUCAAUCAGGAUCUGUUCAAAAUACAUCUCCUCAGAGCACACUCAAACAAGAAAUUCUAGCUCAUAAGAGAAAGGCGGUUGCUUUAAAGAGAGAAGGAAGAAUGAGUGAAGCCAAAGAGGCAUUGCAACAAGCAAAAUUGUUGGAGAGGAAACUACAAGAAGGAGAAAAUCCAUCUCCUGAAAAACUUGGACAAGAUGACAUAGUUUCUGCAACACAUCCUCCUGCUCGAGAGAAAGAAAACAGUCCUUCAAGUUCAGCUCCAAAGCCAAUGUCUAGUCGUGACCGUUUUAAGCUGCAGCAAGAAUCGCUGAGCCACAAACGUCAAGCCAUGAAGCUUCGGAGGGAAGGUAAAAUGCAAGAAGCAGAAGCUGAGUUUGAGAUUGCCAAAGCUCUUGAAGCUCAGUUAGAGGAUUCAGCAUCAUCGAAAUCAGAACCCGUGGACGAUGUAGCAGUGGAAGAUUUUCUCGAUCCUCAACUUUUGUCUGCCCUCAAAGCUAUCGGAUUAGAUAGUUCUGUGAAUCCCUCGGCGAGUACAAUGGACACAACGCAAGUUGCUGCAAAACCAGUGCGUGAAGCUGUGAAACCGAAUCCAGCCAAGGAGAGUGAUGAUAAACAAGAGAGAAGUCAAUUGGAGGAACGUAUCAAAGCAGAGAAGGUGAAAGCUGUGACCUUGAAACGUUCAGGGAAACAAGCCGAGGCAUUAGAUGCUCUUCGACGGGCAAAACUCUAUGAGAAGAAACUUAACGCUCUUACAUUGAAUUGAUUCAGUUCUCCACUAUAAUUGGAUAUUUGUAACAUAACCUCAAUGUUGCUUAAGUGUUAUCAGAUUUGUAAACUGAUACAGACUCAACAAAAGUUUUUGCAAUAACCAUAUUUGUGUUGAU